AUGGUUUACGCCUCCUCCAAGGAUGCCUUAAGAAGAGCUUUGAACGGUGUCUCCACCGAUGUCCAAGGUACUGACUUCUCUGAAGUCUCUUAUGAUUCCGUUUUGGAAAGAGUCAGCAGAGGUGCUGGUUCCCAUUAA